AUGGGGUGUCCUGUGUUGCAAGGAAUAAAUGAUACAGAAAUCAACGCACUUGCCAGUUGUUUUGUAGAAGUGCCCGCCUCGUGCCCUUCCUCCAGUGCCAAGGUAAAAUCAUUGCAUUCUGUGGAACUGAUCAUGAUGCUUGGAAGCCAAGAUGAAAUUCCACUCAGUCGUCCCAAAAAAAGGAAACCCAAAGGAAAGACUCCAUUAGAUGGCAUUGUGCAAGCAGCGGUUCGUCGGCAGUCUGAAAGCAGCGAGCCCCUGACCCCUGAGCCCCCUGAUGCCCCUCCUCAGAGGAAGCGCAAGAAGAAGAAAGUACCUACUGAUUCUGAGACCUCUUUUACCCAGCAGAAUGUGGCAUCCCUAUUUCAGAAUGGAAAUGGCAUGGAUGUCCCUGACGCUGAAGAAACGGUGAUCCGCAAACAGAGAAAAAGGACAAAGAAACCUCGGCCAGCCGAAGUGAGCUCCAAUGAGCUGGAAGUGGAGGAGGAAGACAUCAUUGAAGAUGAGCACAGGAAGAGCCCAGAUCAGCAGCCUGUGUUUGCUGCUCCCACUGGAAUUAGUCAGCCUGUUAGCAAAGUGUUUGUUGAAAAAAAUCGCCGUUUUCAUGCAGCUGACCGUGCAGAAUUGAUUAAAACCACUGAAAAUAUCAAUGUGCUUUUGGACGUGAAGGCUUCGUGGACUACUAGAGAUGUUGCCCUCUCAGUGCACCGAAGUUUCAGGGUGUUGGGCCUCUUCACCCAUGGCUUCCUUGCUGGUUAUGCUGUAUGGAACAUCGUGGUUAUCUACAUUUUGGCAGGAAAUGAGCUUUCCAUGGUUUCUAACCUGCUUGAGCAGUAUAAGACAAUAGCAUACCCAGCUCAAAGUUUGUUCUAUUUUUUGCUGUCUAUCAGUACAGUCUCAGCCUUUGACAGGAUUGAUCUGGCAAAAGCAUCAGUUGCACUGAGGGGCUUUCUGACCCUAGACCCAGCAGCACUAGCUUCUUUCUUGUACUUUGCUGCUCUUAUCUUAUCCUUAAGCCAGCAGAUGACGUGUGACAGAAUCCACCUCUACACGCCACCUUCGGCAAACGGCAGUAUCUGGACUGCAGGUACAGAGACAGAAAUUGUUCAUUCGUGGGUUGUGGUGAAUCUCGUAGUGUCUGUUCUGGUUGGGACAAGUUGGAUCUUCUUAAGCUCCCGACCAGAGCUAGACCACAGUGAAGAAUUGAUGUUUCAUUCUGAAAUUGAGGAAUUUCCUCACGGAGAUGUCAUACCCAGAGUUCAGCCAUAAGUGUGGAACAAGAAUCUGCAUAUAUUAUAGCUGUGACUGAUGGCUCAACAUGUUGUGUAUUAUAGCUAUGUAUUAUAAUUUUCAUAAAGAAAAAAAUGUAUUUUUAUAUUGUAUAUAUUUCAUGUUGAACUUUUUACGUAUGUUACAGUUUCCAAACGUGAUUGAAAACUUUUAUACUUUUGCUUUUUAUUUUACAAAGUAGAUUAUCCCUAGUGCAUAAAGUCAAGGUGGUUUUGUAAGUACUGCUACCUACAUAGCCAAAGACACUAGAGGGAUGCAGAUCAGGUGUUCAGUGCUUUUUUGACUGCUCUACACUCCUCAACAAUCUGCUCUUGUUACUAAUGCAAACAGCAGUUAGCUUAUCUGAUUUGGUUAAACAUGUUCUAGAGAUUAAAAAAAAUCUUACAGCAAAAGUAGCCUAAGUAGCAAAAGUAGCCAAAUUUAUAACAAAACACAGUUAGGAAACAUAAACCCCACCAAGUUAGUAAUCUUAAAAUAAUCUACAUUUGUUUGUCAUAAAAUAUUUUUCUAGAAUAAAAUACUAAAUUGACAGAGA